AUGAUUUUACGGGCAAUAUUUAAUUUUCAUUUAAUUUUUUUGAGAAUUCCUCCGUUAAAAAUUCACGAUUUAAUUGAAGACUUGAAAGAUGGAACGAAACUUCUUGCCUUAUUGGAAGUCCUGUCGGGAGAAAGACUACAAGUCGAAAGAGGGAAAAACCUGAGAAGACCUCACUUUUUAAGCAAUGCCAAUACUGCCUUACAAUUUUUAGCUAAUAAAAAGAUUAAAUUAGUAAACAUAAACGCUUCUGAUUUGGUAGAUGGACGGCCUCCCGUUGUUUUAGGCCUCAUAUGGACAAUCAUAUUAUAUUUCCAAAUUGAAGAAAAUACUCGUGCCUUAGAAUCAUUAGGACAUACUUUUGGUGGUAGUACCAGCAGUCUUGAAAGUAUUAGUGAAAAAAGACCGAGACUUUCAACUCCUUCAAAAGCGAAUAAAGUUGGAGCUAAAAGAGCUUUACUUCAAUGGGUUGCAAGGGCACUACCAAAAGACCUAAAUGUUGAGGUUAAAGACUUUGGACCGAGUUGGAGAGAUGGAAUUGCUUUCCUCGGUGUCAUAGAAGCCAUUAGAGCUGGAUUAAUCGAUUUUGAGACUUUGAAGAGAGCGACAAAUCGCCAUAGAUUAGAGACUGCUUUUGAUGUUGCUGAAAAUGAAUUGGGAGUUGCCAGAUUGUUGGAUCCGGAAGAUGUUGACGUUGAUAGACCCGAUGAAAGAAGUAUUAUGACAUACGUUGCACAAUUUUUGCACAAAUAUCCUGAGCCGAAUACUGAUGCCCUAGCAAAUUUGCAAAGCGAACAUACUUUCUUACUUAACUGGUUGAUACAAACCACACAAAGCCUUCAGCACAUGAAGGACACCAAUACCUUGCCUAUGAAUUACCGGGAAUUUACCACACUUAGAGCUGAAGCUUUAGAAAAAGCCAAAAUUUAUGAAAAAUUUGGCAAAAUCGUCGAUUCUCAAAGCAUAAUCAGCAUUAGUUUAGAAGCGUGGAAAGAAAUGGAAAAGCUUUGGAUUCUUUUAGAAAAUCUUCUUCGCUACUGGGAGUGGCUUCUCGAUUCUAAAUUGUUAGGUUUGUUAGGGGAAGUGGUGAAUUGGUUAAGCCAAGCUGAAAAUUUGAUAUACAGCGAUGAAAUACCUCACGUUAUGAACGAAGAAACUGCUGGUAUUAUUAGUAGAAAAUUAGAAGAACACAAGGCAUUUUUCGCGAAUUUACCCAAAGUGGUCGAAAAAUUUGAAACGUGCAAGAAAACAUGUGAUCUUGCCAAUGUCCCUCCAGAUCAAUUACGCAAUAUACAGAAUAGAAUAGAUUCGAUAGGUACUCGGGCUGCCAGAAGACGAAUUAAAUUAAAAUAUUACGAGCACAAGUGUUGCUUAAUUGCGUUUUUGCAUUUAACGGAAACUAAACUUAAAAAUUGGACUGUUAAAUACGGGCGAGAAGAACAAGUUCAACAACUUUUAGAUCAAUAUAAAAAUUUUGUAUCUAAAAACAAAAUAUUUCAAGAAUUCAACAAAGCUUUCAUUGAUAUGCAGCAAGUAGUUGAAGAAUACAAAAGAGAAGGCGAUGUUGAUGAUCGAGAAAGUUUAGCCAUUGAUCAGUUUAUGAGAAACACUAAUGAUCGAUGGCGUUCAGUGUCAAUGGAGUUGAGAUGCGUUCAAAGUAUGUUAGAAGAAGUUUUAGCUUAUUGGAAACGUUGGAAUUCAUCUGCGGAUGAGUUUGAAAAAUGGUUAGAAAGAGCUUACUCUAUGAAAGACCAACCGGAAGACGAAAAAAUGGAAUUUUUCCAGGAUUUAAGUACAUGGAAAGACAAAAACCAGCAGUUAAACGACACUGUAAGUUUUCUUGUCGCUACAUGUGAAGAACCCAUUGCUAAUGAAUUAAGAGAACGAUACGGACGAAUGAAUAUUUUAUGGGAGCAACUUUUCCCGAGUAUAAAACAUUACAUGAAAGCGGGAGACUUAUAUAAACAUAAAAAAGAUUACACUUUAGGAUUAGAAAAAUUACAAAAAUGGUUGAGGUCUGCCGAGAAAACACUUUCCGCGACACCAAUCAAUUCCUCGGAAAGUAUGAAAGCUUAUGGAGAUGAAUUGAAAAAGCUUUCAAUCGAACUCGAAGAAAUGGAAGAACUUUUUAAAGAAAUUAGCAAAAAAUUUCAAGGUCUUAUACCCGAUUUAACGAGGGAUGAGGUCGAUCAAAUUAUGAACACGUUAAAAAAAGAAAAAGAAUCGUUGGUUCGGAUCCGUGCUCAAAUCCCGGUGCAAAUGCAUCUCUACCAUCAAAUUUUAGUCCAACAAGAGUCUUUGGAAGUUGGAUUAAACGAAUUGAAAAACUGGCUAGAUAAAGCUGAUGAACACUUGUCAAAGUAUUCCCUGUCAAAUGAUCCUGAGGAAUUAAAAGAAAAUUUAAAUAAACAUAAACAAUUUUUCAACCGUACUCUUUAUUACAAGUCCAUGUUGGAAAGUAAAAAUAAAGUUUAUCAAAAUAUAAUUAAAAAUAUUGAUCAAAGUGGAGGACCAGUGCCCAUUGAAGUGACGUCGAAUACAAAAGAAAUUAAUGAGAGAUUUGCAAAAACAAUUGAUUUGGCCACUCAGUGGGAACAGAAACUUAUCAAUGCUCUUCAAAUUUGGGAAAUAUAUUUGAACAACAGAAAGUUUGUAUCCGAUUGGUUAGAUAAAGCAGAGGAUCUAGUGAAAGAAAAUGAUGAUAGAACUGGAAUUGAAGAGCAGAAACUCUUUUUUGAACCGCUUAAUGAAAGCGUAAUUGAAAAUUUUGAAAAAUCAGGCAAAGAACUGCUUAAAAUUCUUCCAUCCGAAAAACAAGCACCAAUUAAAGAAAAUAUUAAUCAACUACAACGAAGAUGGCAGAAUAUGUCUGCUCUUGCACCUUUGCAUCUUUUGAAAAUUGAAUUCAAAUUAGAGGAAGUUUUAUUUUUGGGACUCUUAAAUGAUAUUAUUAAGGAAUUAACUUCUCAACAAACGGCUCUCGACAAUGGUGAAGAAAUAUCUCGUCUCACUGCUAGAAGUCAAGAAUAUUUUAAAAAUGGAAAAACAGUCAAAGAUUGUGAAAAAAGUUUGGAUAAUUUAAAGAAAAUUUCUGCUCUUUACGGUCAGAAAAAUCCAAAAGAUGCUCUUUUGAAAGAAACUUUUGAGAAAAAUCAAAAACAGUGGAGUGUUGCUAUGAAGAAUGCAGAACGACUUAAAGCUCAUUUGGACCAGGUACCAGAAAAAUGGGUCAAGUAUCAUCAACAGUAUCAAGAAAUGGUAAAUUGGAUGGAUAAAGUUGAUGAGAACAUUAAAAAAUUAUUUAAGAAAACAGAAACUUUGGACGAUUUUAACAAAGAGCGACAGGAAUUUCAAAAUAUUUGUAAGGAAGUCGAAGGAAAGCGUGAAACUAUUAAAUGGUUGGUUCAAAAUUUAGAUGACUUAAUAUCCAGUAGAAAUGAUUCUGAAGCAGAAAAAGAGCAAAAACUUUUGCAGAAUCUCAUUGCUAGAUAUAAAGCAUUGAUACCGACAAUUGAAAUGACAGUUACACAAACUGAGCUUUUCAUUAAAUGUUACACAUAUAAAAAAGAAGCCGACGAUGUUUGCAAUUUACUUAAAAGGGUUGGCGAAACAUCGGAAACUACACCUCAUCCGGAAACUUUGAACGCUGUUACCCAAAUGAUUACUCAGCAAGAGGCCGCUGUCUCUAAUUUGGACAAUCAGCGAAGUAAUAUUAUUUCUAUGUUACAACGCGGUAGGGAAUUGGCCAAAGACCCUCAUGCACCUACAUUUGUCAGUGAACAAGUAGCCGAUUUAGAAACAAAAUGGAAUAAAGCAUACAAUACUACUCUUGAAAAAUUGAAUAAACUCAAAAACACUCAAAAAGUUUGGCAUAACUAUAAAGGGCAAAAGAAAGAAAUAAGUGAAUUGCUUGAACGUGCCGAACAAGAGUUAAAGCAAAUGCAAGGGAAGCCGGCUUCGAGAGACGUCGUCCGUGAAUUAAAAGAAAAGCAGGAAUUAAGCAAGGCCUUAAGGCAGGCAACCGAAGAACUCUUGAAGAGAUUGAGAGAACUUUGCUUAUCUUUAACCGCAGUGACAGCUCCCGAAAGAAAACCGUUGCUGCAAAAGGAAGUUACGGACGUAGAAAAACGUUUGCAAACUACUUUGCAAUCAGUCGAAAACAGAGUAGUAUUUUUAGAAAAAUUAAACAACGAUUGGAAUAAGUUACACGCCGACUUAAAUGAUUUGAGACAGUGGACCAUUUACAGUGCUCCUAUUUUGGUUGAAGCAUUGCAAACGGAGGAAACAGAACCCAGAGAAAGGCUGAACAGUGCUAAAGUAUUACAACGAAACUUGGUUGGCAAAAUAGAACUUACCAAGCAACUAGAAGAGAAAUGUAAAGAGUUAACAGGAGAUGAUGAUAAAAAUCCAGAUUCUCAAAAAAUAAAAGCUGAAAUUAAAUCACUUGGCGAUUCGCUCAAAGCUUUAAAAGACUCUGCUGAUAACUCUGAACAAGCCAUUGUUAGCAGUAUUGAGGUUUAUGAGCAACACAAGAGUACAGCGGAUAUGUUAAAGCCGUGGCUGGAAAAAGCACAAACUCAAUCUGCUAGCAUUGCCAAACCAGUUACUUUGCAAGAUAUAGAGAAUCAAUUGGUUCAAGCAAAAGUAUUUCAAACGGAAUGCAAAAAACAAUAUUCUCAAUUACAAGGAUUACCCGCCGUACCCAAAAAUGUUUCCAUCACUGCUCUGGAAGAAGUUGAUAAUCUUAAAGCAAAAUGUGAAUUCAUUAAAACCAAGGCUGAUUAUCAAGUUCAAAAAUGUGAAAAAACAAUAAAAGCCUACGAAGAAUUUGACAAACUUACCAAGGCUUUUGAAAAUUGGGUAGAUGACAUUGAAAAGAAACUCAAAAAUAUUACUAAAGACUCCGAUUUAAGUCAAGCUCCGACUUGGGAUGAAAAAUCGGAAAAACUUAAAGUUUUAAAUAGAGAAAUAUUGUCUAAACAAGCUGAUUUAGCAAAGGUCAAAAAUGCAUCCGAUGAUUUAUGCCAAGGAUUAGCUCCAGAGGGAGCCGUCGUUGUUAAAAAUAGAGUUCAAGAACUUAAAAAUAAAGUUAUGAAACUCGGUGAAGAAGGUCAAAAACAAGCAAACUUUUUGGCUGAUAAAAUAAUCGAAAGGCAAGAUUUAGAUUCUAAAUUAGAUGCAUUUACCAAAUGGGCUAAUGAUUUCAAUGAUAAAUUAAAUUCAACUGAAAAUGUCGGUUUUACUUACAACGAUAUCAAUGCUCAAGAAAUACAUAAUCUUUUGUUGGAUCAUAACGAAAGAUUACCUUUACUUAAUAGCAUUAUUGAUCAAUACAAUUCUAUGCUUACGAAAACGUCAUCAAAAGAAGCAAAAGAUAUGGAAAAACCAUUUAAAAAAAUAAUUGACCAAUAUAAGGAAACUGAAAAAAGAUUGCACAAUAAAAAACAAGCUCUUGAUGGAUGGGCGGAAUUUUUACCUUUUAAUAAUGACGUAUUGGAGCACUUAAAAUAUGCUACAACCGCCUCACAAGAUACCGAUUCAAAAUUGGAAUUUAUAACAGCUUUAGUGCAAGAAUUAGAUGCGAUUAAAUUGAAACUUGAGAGUUGGAAGGAACCCUGCAACAAAAUUGACGAUUUAUGUCAAAAAAGUAACGUUGUUGUUAAGGAUCAAAAUGGCUUGCCCGUAACGACAAAUCAAUUAAUGGCGAAAAUGGAAAAGCAGUACUCAAGUGUAGCUGACAAGCUUAAACAACGCCAAGACACCCUGCAAGCCGUCAGAACUCGUCGUAAUCAAUUUGUCGAUUUACAAAAGAAAUUGUCUGAUGAUUUAGCCAAAACGCAAGAAGAGUUGUUAGAUGUUUUGAGAAGUGUAACGACCGGACAAACCUUUCAACCUGCCAUUGAAAAAUUGAAAAAAUUAUCCGAAAAACAAGAGAAAAAUUUACCGACAAAAACAAAAGUUCACAGCGAAGGUUCAACUCUCAUGAAAGAAGAUCAGACAUGUAUAGAACCUGUUCAGAACUUUUUAACGAGUGUCGAUUCCGAAUGGGACAAGACAGAUGACAUAUUGAAAGUUCAGCAAAAAAGAAUUUCCGAUAUGUUACAAGCUUGGGAAAAUUUAUUAACCAUUAAGAAUAACUUUAACGCUGAAUUAAAUGACAUUAAAAAGAAUAUUAACGAUGGAAAAAAUUCAAAGGAUUUAAGUGAUUCGGUCAUAAAAUCCAAUUUAGAUCAAGCUCGAAAAUGUCUAGAUCAACUUAAAAAACUUAAAAAUACUUUUAACACUAUGACAAACAAAGCUAAUUUUAUCAUCAAGCAAACGGAAAAUUUAGAAAAUUUCGACGAAAAAGAAUUAGAAGAUUUGUUGAAAACGGCUCAGGAAGAGUGGAAAAACCUAUGCGAUGACGUUGUUAAAAGAAUACAAUAUUUGGAUACUCAAAAUAUUUUAUGGGAACAAAUGGAAGAUGAAAAAAAUUCUAUCCUCGAAUGGAUCAAACAUUGUAAUGAUAGUUUUAACGUUUCUCUCAAAAAUUCUGAACAAAUGAAGGGAAAAUUAGUAAAAUACAAUGAUGAUUUGCCAAUUUAUAGUAACUUGAAAAUAAGUGCGGAAGCCAAAGCAGAUCAAUUGAUGAAAUUAAACGAGGGUAAAAACGUUAAACCGGUGCAAGACAUAAUGAAAAAAUUAAAUGAUGAAUUUGAAUUACUUAAACUCACGGCUAAAAAAAUGCAAGAUAUGGCGUCUUCCUUUGGUGAUCAAGAACAAGCUGUUAAAAAGGAAAUUAAAAAAGCAGGGGAUUUGAUCACUCAAAUAAGGGAAGCAGUUAUUUCCUGCGAUGACUUAACAGGGGAUAAUAAUCGUAUUUUACAAAGGUUCAAUAAUAUUCAAGGUUAUCAAAAAGAUUUAGAAGGUUUUCACGGAGCUCUUAAGCAAAUUAACGAAACGGUAAAAACAAUGAAAAACGAAUUUCCCGAUUUCGGAGAUUCUAGUUUAGCAAAAGAGCUUUCUAGUUUAGAAAAAAGAUAUGAAAACGUCGUGUCUCAUGCCAAUAAGGUAGAAAAUAAUUUGAGAGGAUAUUUGACAAAAUAUUGUAACGAAAAAUUUGGAUCCUUUGACCGAAUUUUGAAAACUUUAAACGAAAAAUUAAAAUGGUGCAUUCCCGAUGAGAACAACGAUCGUUAUAAUAUAAACUUAAAAUUGUCAUCUUUAAAAGACGUUGAAAAUGAACUUGAAGAGUGCAAAAACAAAAAAUCUGAAUUAGAUCAAAGUUUACAGUAUUUGGAAAAAGUAGAAAAUAAGGAAAACAUUGAUAAAUUUAAAGUUCAAAAGAAGAAACUUUUGGAUGAUAUGGAAGAGUUGAACAAAAUGUGUAAAACCGUUGGGGAAAAAUUAAAAGCUGGCUCUCAACUUUGGGAAAAAUACGAUCUUAUGUUUGAAAAUUUGGCAAGUUGGCUCAAAGAAAACGAGGGAAAAAUUCGUUCGGAAAGUUACAACCAAAUAAAUAUUGAUGAAAUUCCCCAAAAAAUAAAAGAAACCGAAGAAUUUCAGAAAAAGAUUCAUUUGAUGAAACCAGAAAUUAAUCAUUUAACGGAAUUGGCAAAUGAGAUAGCAAAUGAAAAUCCUGAAGCUCGUACAAAACAAUAUUGUUCUCAUUUAUCAACAAGAUAUCAAGCGAUUGUGAAAUUUAUCGAUUCCCAUUUGGAACGUUUGGAAAAUUUAAAGAAAAGUGAACAAUUAUAUAAUAAUGCUAUACAGGAUGUAAAACAAUGGCUUAAUGAAUCCGACGACAAGCUGAAAAAAAUUGAAGGCAAUUUGGUAAAACCACCAAAAAGUUUGAGUGAAUUUCAAAAGCAGGUAGACGAAUUGAAGAACUUUGAUAAAAAUAAAGAAAAAGGACAAUCUUUGCUUAAUGCUGCCAUUGAAAAAGGAGAAGUUUUGUUUUUGGGAACUCACCCAGAAAAUCGAGAAAACAUUCGGUCUGAACUUCGAGUCCUCAGAAGUUCAAUGGAAAAUCUUCAAGAUCGAAUCAAUAACAUGAAUAAAAAAGUUGAAACGAUCAUUAUGCAAAGAUCAUCUAUAGAUGAAAGUUAUUCACAGGUAGAAAAGUGGUUAAACGAUGCUAAAUUAAAAUUGGAAGAGAAAUAUGAACCAAAAGCUACUCUCCAAGAGAAAAAAUUAUCAUUGCAUAACUACAAGUUGCUUUACCAAGAUGUGAAAUCCCGUAAAAAUAUGUUGGAACAACUUCAAGAAAAAGUUGCUUCUCUUUCGGACGAUGAUUCCACCAAAAAAUUAGAAAAUAUGACCAAAGAAUAUGAUAACCUAAUAAAAACGAUAGAAUCAAGAAUGAAAUUAGCUGAAAAAGAUGUUUUAAGCCAUGAAAAGUUUUUAUUGUCUUUAGAAAAGUUUCACGAUUGGUUAGAAACCCUAAAAGCUGAAGCGGCUCCAGUGGUUUUCGCAGUAGAUGCAGAAAAAGAAAGCGCCGUUGUAAGACUCGAUUGCUUGGAUAAUUUAUUACGUCAUAAAGAUGAGGGAGAUGAAAUGUUGAAAGUAUGCAAAGACAAUUUAAAAGAUGCCCUUUCUGGCACGAGCGCAAGUGGUCAACCUGCUUUACAGAAAGAGGUUGAAAACGAGAAUAAAGAGUGGGUUGAAUUUUUGCAAAAAUGUGAAAAUAUGCGAGACAAAUUGAACCAAUUUUGCAACAAAUUUACGGAAUUGGAAAAUAGAGUGGAAGAACUUUCAAAUUGGACAAAGAAUCACGAACUACAGGUCAAAGAUCAAAGUUUAAAAAGUACUUAUGAAGCCAAACUUCAACAUUUAAAUAAAUUAAAGAACUUGGAAAAAGAUAUUCAGAAAAAAGGUGAAGAAUUUAACAAAGUCAAUGAUGAUUCAAAGGAUGUAGAAAGAGAUUCGGAUUUAGUUGGAAAAGUUUCAAAACUAAAUGCUCGUUAUCAAGGAUUGAAGAAUUUGGCUAAAGAAUCCAUUGCAAAAUAUGAAGUUUAUUCUACGGAACAUAAAGCAUUUAAUGACAAUUACAAUAAAUUUGACAAAUGGUUGACCGACACGGAGAAAACACUACAAGAGCAAAGUGGAAUCGUUGGAGAUGUUGGUUUCUUGCAAGAAAAGCAGAAAAAAUUGAGAGAAUUAAAUGAUUUAAAAAAUAAGGAAAACGUUACGUUCGAUGCAUUGCUUGAUGCAGGAGAAAAACUUUACGUGCAUACGUCUCCAGAAGGUAGAGAAAUAAUAAGACAACAAAUACGUACAAUGAGAUCUAAAUGGGAGAAUAUUGGAACCGAAUUACAAAAUACGAUUGAAAAAGUUGACGAAUGCUUAGUUCAGUUUGCGGAAUUCGCUCUUAAACAAGAAGAACUUACAAAAUGGUUAAAAGAAGUUGAGAAAGCUAUGCAACAACACAUGGAAUUAAAAAAUAAUCUUCAAGAAAAGCGUGCACAAUUACAAAAUCAUAAAAUUAUUCAUCAAGAAAUAUUAGGGCACCAGGACUUGGUAGACGGUGUCUGUGAAAAAGCAAGGCGUUUAGUAGAUCAAACAAAAGAUACGUCUUUAAACGUAUACUUGAAUUCCAUUGGUAAACUAUUUCACGAUAUUGUUUUACAAUCUCAAGGACUUUUGGAAAGUUUGGAGAAAAAUGUCGAAAACGAUACAAAAUUUUCAAACGAAUGUAAGGACUUUCGAGAUUGGUUGUCAUUUGAAAAAGACAAACUUCAGGAAUGUUCCGAUUCCACCGGAGAACGUCAUGAUAUUCAAAAACGUUCUGCCAGUUUGCAAACCCAUUAUCAGAAUAUAAAGGAAGGCGAAGGCAAAAUUGACAAAGUUAAGGAUGCUUUCAAUGUAGUUGCUAAAAGCACAGCACCUAAAGGACUUUUAACUGCCGAAAAAGAAAAAGACACUUUAGUUGAAAACUUUAAACAAUAUCAAGACGACAUUGGAGUUAUAGAUAAAAAGCUCAAUGAUUCGAUUAAAAAUUGGCAAGACUUUGAACAAUUACUAGACGAACACUCCAAAUGGUUCAAAGAAGCCGAAGUUAUUUUUAGACAAGAUAAACUGUUGGGAUCUCUUCCAGAAAAAGAAGCCGAGCUUAAACUCUUAAAAGAAAAAAGAAAUUCUAUAACUGAACGUGAACCUAAAAUCGACGAAUUCGUUGAUAAAGGUCAUUCAUUAUUCAAUUUGACUGGCACUGAAAGAAUCAUGCCUUUGAUAUCUCAAAUAAGUAACAAGUAUCAGAGCUUGCUCACGCAAAGCAAAGAAAUGGUUAACCGUUGGCAAGAUUUAGUUGACGCACACAAAGCAUUUGUGGAUAAAUUAAAAGAAACUGAAGAUUGGUUGACUGCUUUUGAAAAGCGUCUUAACGACGUUAAAAAUGACAGCGAUUUGCCUUCGAAAUCAGAAAAAUUAAAGGUUUUGUUAUCUGAAAACGAACAGGCACCUCACAAGUUGACCAAUUUAGCAACAAUGGCGGAAAAUUUAUAUCCCGAAACGUCUGCUGCUGGUCGUGAGCAAAUAAGGAAUUCUCUUAAGGAAAUUCGAGACAAGUGGGAUAAAUUAGAAGAAGACAUUUUGGAUCAGCAGAAAAAACAAGAUGCAGCUUCUCAACAAUGGGCAAGCUAUCAAGAUAUUCUCAACCAAACAUUAAGUUGGAUAAAUCAAAUGGAAGCAAAUUUAGCUCCGGAACACAGUUCUUGGUCUUCGAUUCAAGAAAUUCGUCCGAAAUUAUUAAAACUUAAGACUACACUUCAAGAAAUAUUGGCUCAUCGGAGAAUCAUUGAAAGUUUAAAAGACAAAUCGACUUCGAUGAAAGACGCUCCGACGUACAAUCAAAUCAAAGAAGGAGUUGAUUCGGUAGCUAAAAAAUAUGAAAAUUUAGUUACCGGAUACCAAAAAAAUAUUGGUCAAAUGGAAGAAAGUCUUGGUGUUCUUCAAUCAUUCAAUGAUUUAGUUAAAGAUCAUCAAGACGGUCAAAAACAAAUCUGGGAUGCACUUUCUGGAUGUUCAGAUUUGAGUGGAAAUAAAGCCGCGUUAGAAGAACGUCUUGUAAAGUUAAAAGAUAUAAGUAACAAACUGCAUCAGUCUGAAGCUGUUUUAGAUUUAUUAAGUAAAAAUAUAUUGGAAAAGGGAAAAGGUUUACCGGCCAAAGCCAAAGAAGUUAUGGAAAGAGACAUUAAUAAUCUAAAAUACGAUCAUGACUUGUUGAAAUCAAAGGUAAACGACAUACAAAACGGUUUGGAAAGCAGUUUGAAACAGUGGAAAGAUCACGAAGAAAAUUUAGAAGUUUUAUUAAAAUGGUUGUCGGAAACGGAAGGAGCGCUUAAAAAUUUCUCUCCACGUUCUACGUUCCCAGAAAAACAAGAGCAAUUGGAAAAAUAUCAGUCUUUGAUCGUGAGCCAGCGACAAAAAGAAACCGAUUUUGACAACAUUAGUGAUGUUUCAUCUGAGCUAGCCCAAAACAGUGGCGAUUCUAGAGUUUCCUCAAACGUUCAACAAAUAGUAUCUAGAUAUCAAACGGUUCAAUCGACUACCAAAGAUAUCGUUAAAAAGUGUCAGAAAGCUGUUGAAGAUCAUAAAAAUUAUUUAGACAAGCAAAAGAAAUGUGCGGAUUUACUUGCUGCUGCUACAUCUAGAUUUGAAAAACUUAAAGCUCUACCGGAGAACACACCCUCCGAACUCAACGAUAAAAGUAAGGGUCUCAAAGAGUUACUAUCAGAACAACCUAAUGUCACUCUUCAAGUAAACACUACUAUGGAAAUGGGUGAGAAAUUAUAUCCACAAACAGGAAUAGAAGGUCGAGAUAUCGUUAGAAAACAAUUAGAGGGUUUACAAAAUGCUCUCGAAAUAUUAUUUGAUGGUGUCACGAGUACCGAACGAGAACUUCAAACUAAAUUGACUCGAUGGUCUAGUUUUAAUGAUACUGCUAAUCAAUUAGCAACAUGGUUAAAUACCAUUGAAAAAGAGUUUUCAGGGGAACUUGAGUUGAAAAACACUCUAGAUGAAAAAAGAGCUUUAUUAAAUACUUACAGAGGAUUAUUGCACGAUGUAAGUUCUCAUCAACCUGAAUUCGUAGCUUUGAAAAGUCAAUUGGAAGCUUUACCUCAGAAAAAUAAAAAAGCGGAAGAUGAAUUCAAAAAACUUAGUCAAAGACAUUCGGUUGUAUUAAAAAAAGCUGGCGAUGCCGUUGAGAAAUAUGAAGAUAUAGUCAAUUCCCAUCAACGAUACAGUAAAGCAGUAAUGGAUCUUCAAGAAUGGCAAGACGCAACUCAUAACACUGUAGAGUUAUGGGGAGAUGGAGAUUUAGAAAGAGUCAGUUUAAUUACUAAUUUGGAAAGAUUAAAGAAUUUGCAGAAAAGUUUACCUGAUGAUAAAUCAAAAAUAGAAGAAGUUAAAGUUUUGGCUGAAAAAGUCUUACCCGGCACUGCGGAUUCCGGCAAAGUUAACAUACGUUCGCAAGUUGAUUCGUCUCAGCAAGAAUGGGAAUCACUUUUAUCUACGGUCAAAUCUACAAUCGAAGCCUUAGAAAAUAAGCUCCAACAAUGGUCCGAAUUUGAGCAACUUAAAGAUCAAUGUUUGAGCUGGCUACGAGAGACCGAUACCAAACUUCAUGCUGUAGAUUUAAAAGCUACAGUCAAGGAAAAAAGAAACCAAUUGGAAAUGCUUAAAAAGAUUCAAGGUGAAGUUAGAGCCAAGGAAUUGGAAAUCGAUUCUGCGACGGAAAAAGCUCAACAAUUGUUUAAAGGACGAAAUUCCAGUGCUUCCGAAUUGGGUGUUAAAUAUCAACAGCUCUCUGCUAAAAUAAAAGAUUUGACCGGUCGAUGGCAACAAUAUCUCAAUUCUCAUCAAGAGUUUGACACGAAAGCAAACGAAUGCCUUCAGUGGUUAGAUAAAAUACGUAAAAAGCUUUCUUAUUGUUCGGAUUCUAAUGUCGUUUCUCAAAAAGAUUUAGAAGUUAAACUCGAAACGAUUCAAGGUUUAUUACUUUGUAAAGAAGAAGGCUUUAGUAAAAUUCAAAAUUUGGUAGAAUUGGGUCAAACGGUACUUGCCAACACUGCUACGCCAGGUCAUGAAGAAAUCAACAACACUCUCUCUAAAUUACAAGAAGAAUGGAGUGUUCUGGCUUCGAAAAUGGUUGAAAUUAAAACUAAUUUAGAUGAUUCUAUUCAUCGAUGGGCUGGAUUUUUAGAACAAAUACAUGAAUUGAAAAAAACCGUUGAGAGUUUAGAAAAUAAUUAUAAAGAUUUACUUCCUUUCCAAAGCACCAUGUCCGAAAAAAGGGCUAAUUUGGAUAAAAUAAAAGCUUUGGAGGAAAAAACAAGAUGUGAAAAGGUUGAAGUAGAUGGCCUUAAAGAAAAGGCUAAAGAAAUGUUAGCCAGUGGACAACAAGGGCAGGCUGCAAAACAAGCAAAAGAAGUAUUAAAUGUAUUUGACGACCUUGCUGAUAAAAUCAAGAAACUUCUUGAAGAAAGAGAAAAUCAAUAUAAAGAUCACAGAUUAUACAAAGAAGCUCAUGAUGAUCUUCUUGGGUGGCUUAAUCGAGCUAGAGAAAAAGUACCAUCGAUGAAACAAAGAUCGCUUUCCGAUAAAUUGGCUCUUGAGCAAGCCAUUUCGUGCCUUGAUUCUCUUUUGAAAAAGCAAGCACCCGGAGAGCUUUUGGUCGAACACUUGAAUAAUACCGGAGAGGUGGUACUUUCAAGCACAAGCCCACAGGGCAAAGAAUUAAUUAAAAAAGAAAUGGAAGCUCUGACAGAAAGUUUUCACGGAUUAUUUAAAGACAUAAAUUCACAAAAAGAUCAAUUGGAAGCCAUGGUAUCGCAGUGGAGAGCAUUCAAAGAAGAAUAUGAAAAACUAUCCGAUUGGCUUCAACAAAUCGACAUACUUGUGAAAGCUCAAAAAAUCGCAUUGCUUUCCACGGUACAAGAAAAACAAAAACAAGUCGCAGAAGUGAAAGACAUUUUAGAAAAAUUGGAAAAAGGAAAUUCUCAGAUUGUACAAUUUAAUGAAACCGCUAAAUCUCUUCUUCAAAGUCAUUUGGACACUUACGUUAAUAACCAAUUAAGACAUUUAAAUUCCCGAUAUCAAGUUCAAGUUAAUUUAGCGAAAGAUGUACUUAGAAAAGUUGAAACUAAUUAUGAACAACAUAAAGAAUAUGAAAAUCAUCUUAAAAAUGCUCAGGAUUGGAUCAAAAAUGCUAAAGAAAUCGUUAGGGUAUCUAGCGAAGACAGCAAUUCUACUGCUAGUAAAGAAGAACUUCAAGCUCGAUUAAAAAAGAUUCAAGAUUUACUUAAAAAUGUUGAAAAAGGACAAAACUUAAUGCAUUUAACCGUUAAUUGCGGAGAAAAAGUUCUUAGAAAUACAAAAUCAGAUGGACGUGAUCUUAUAAAUAAUCAAUUGAAAGAAUUACAAAGUGAAUGGGAUCGUCUUAUCCGUAAAUUAUCAACAGCAAAAGUUCAAUUGGAAACGGGACUCCUGCAAUGGGCAGAUUAUAGUUCUAGCUAUUCACAAUUGCAACAAUGGAUCACGGAUAGGGAAGCCAAAUUGCAAGAAGUUUGUGAACAAAAGGUGGUCAAGGCCAAAAAAGGUCAAAGUACCGCUGGUCUUUCUAACCUUGGUCUCGGAGAAAGAAAAGCUACAUUGAGACAAACGGAUUCAAUUGUUCAAGACAUCGUUUCUUUCGAACCUGUCAUUCAAUCCGUUACCAGCAAAGCAGAAGAUCUUUUACAAGCUCAACCAGCCAGUGAAAUUUCCACCAAAUAUGAAACUCUCAGCAAACAAGCCAAAGAACUUUACGCCAAACAAAAAGAAACCGUAGAACAGCAUCAAGCUUUCAUUGAUGCCGGUAGUGACUUUGUGCAAUGGUUGAGAAACGCCAAGGAAAGACUUGGUAAAUGUUCUGAUCCCACUGGUGACAAAGUAAAUCUAACAAAUAAAGCUGCUCAGCUGACUGUACUCAACUCUGAACUCCCCGAGGGUCAAAGUAAGUUGGAAAAAGCUCUUGCUGUUGCCGCACAAGCAUGUCAAAUAGCUGAUCCCGAAGACAAAGAAAUAAUUGAAGAAGAGGUGGCCGUUUUGCAAGAAGAAUUAGAUAUUUAUUUAGAAUCAUUGUCCCGAGCUAAGCAAUUGGUGGAAGCUGGUAUUGUGAGAUGGAACGAAUACGAAGAUCAAUACAAGGAAGCUUGUAAUUGGUUGUCACAAACGGAAUCAUUAGUGCAAGGGUUUAAUAAAUUACAAGAUAGUUUGGAAGAGAAGAAAAAUGUUUUAGAACAAUUUCAAGGUCACCUGCAAACUCUUUUUGAUUGGCAAAAAGAAAUGGAUAGACUUAAUAUGAAAGCACAAGUUUUGUUAGAAACCUGUGCUGAUACCAGAGUUAGUAACGCUGUGACUCAAAUCACUUCCAAAUAUAAUGCCUUACUAUCUUUAGCCAAAGAGGUCAUGAGAAGAUUGGAACUCCAUUAUCAGGAACACCAACAACAUAAUUCACUUUAUCAAGAAUGUCAAGACUGGGCCGAAAGAACGCGAGACAAAUUGAACGAAUGUUCGAAACCAAUCACGUCUUUCAGUGACGCUCAGUCUAAACUUCAAACUGUCAAAGCAUUACGUCAAAGUUUAGAAACUGGACAAAAUAAGCUUCGUUACACUUUAGAACUUAAAGAAAAAGUAAUUUUAAAUACCGAAAAGACGGGAGCUGCUAAAAUCCAGGAAGAUACGGAAAAUUUAAAAGCAGAAUUAGAUCGAUUGUUUAGUGACGUUGAUGAAUUGAGAAUGAAAUUAGGAAAUCAAGUAUCUCAAUUAGAAGAUUUCAAAAAGAAUUUGAAAAUGCUAACGGAUUGGCUUGAUGAAACUGAAUCGAAAGCUAAAAGUACCGAUAUUAUUAUGAGUGACCUCGGCGAGAAAAAAGCAUUGCUUGAAAGAUUUAAAAUCUUGAAAAAAGAUUUUAAUAGUUACAGUGAUUUGGUUAAUAAAAUCAAAACAAAAGUUGAAGAAGAUCCCGCAAUGGCUGACAAGGAAGUGGAAGAAAGUUUGAAAAGAUUUGAAAAAUUAAAGGAUUGGAUCGGUAAAAAAAUUAAAAGUUUAAGCAACGAAGUCGUUGAACACGAAAAAUACAAACAAGCCUACUCGGAUGCUUCUGAAUGGGUUAGAAAAGUGAGAUUGGAAGUUCAACAAUACAGUGACCCCCACGGUGAAAAAGAAGAAGCAAAGAAAAAGAAAUCUAAAUUGGAUGAAAUUGUUAAAACCUUCCCGGAGGGUCAAUCUUUAGUAGAUAAGGUGUUCGAAUUAAAAGACAAGCCUCUUCAAAAAUCUAGCCCAGAAGGACAAGACAACAUAAAACAAGAAUUAAAACAAUUGAAAGACGAUUGGGAUGGUCUAAAAACUAAUUCUGAAGACUCUCUGAAAAUUUUAAACAAAUGCAUUACAUUAUGGGAGGAAUUUGAUAAUACAUUUAAGAAAAUGAAUGACUGGUUAACUAACUGUAAGAAAAAAGUUAAAGAAGAAGAAAAACGAAAAACUAACAGGAAACCAGAGGAUCUUAAAGUUCUUCAAAAUCUUUUGGAUGAAACGAAUAAUCAAAAAGCACUUUCCGAAGAGUUGAACGAUCGUUGUGAAAAUCUCGUCGAUAUGAGUGCUUGCACAUGGGUUCGUGACAAAACUAUGCAACUUCAAAGUGAAUACACUCAAAUAUUGACUACUCUCCAAAGUUUAUUGUCUCAACUUCAGAAAAAAUUGUCUGAUUAUACUGAUUUUAUUAAAGCUAGAGAUGAAUUGGAUAAUUGGUUGAAUUGGGCACACGGCACCAUCAAGGAAUGUUCAGGAGUUAAAGAAGAAGGAGAAAUAAAGGAGAAAUUAGAGACUAUUAAAACCGUUAGUCAAAGGUUAACUGAAGGACAAACGUUACUAGGAAAAGUUCAAGAAGUAUUUGCAAAAGCCGUGGAAACCGCUCCCGGUGAUGAACAAGAUAAAUUAAGAGAAGAAAUAGCUCGAUUAAGAGCUAGUUGGGAUCAAUUGAAUAUGGAUCUUAAUUCAACUUUGGCAGACCUUAAAGCCACACUCAGUCGAUGGGAAGAAUUAAAAGACAAUCAAAAUAGAUUUGAAAAAUGGCUUGAAGUUACAAGUCAAGAACUCAAAGAACCUCAAAAUACUAAAGGUGAAUUAGGAGAAAUGAAAACUGCAGUGGAAAGAUUGAAAAAUAUACAAGGCGAAAUCGAUCAGAAAAAAGGAGAUAUUUUCGGAUUAUUUAAAGAAGCACAAAAAUUAUGCGAAGGAAUUAAAAAGCCUGCUUUGUUAAAUAAAACAAAAGAUUUAACGACUAAAUGGCAGAAAUUAAAUGACACGUGUAAAAAUUUAAGAGCAUCCGUAGAAUCCGAAAUGAACGAUUAUUUGUCGUAUCAACAACAUUUACAAGAUGUUGAAAAAUGGCUGCUUCAAAUUUCAUUUCAACUCAUGGCUCAUAACAGUUUAUACAUUACUAAUCGGGAACAAACUGAGGAACAGAUUUCUCAGCACAAAAAUCUUUUGAAUGAAAUUGCAAAAUACAAAAAUAAUUUGAAUGAUUUGACAAAUAAGGGUCAAGCUCAAAUAAAAAAAUAUAAAGAUUCUGCACCAAAUGUUCAGUCCACGAUUAACAAACAGUUGACAAAUGUACAAGAUAGUUAUGAUUCUUUACUCAAUACGGCAGAGCAAAUCAAAAAUAGACUACUAGAGAGUUUGGCAAAAUUUAAAGAAUAUGAAGAUACUUUGGACUCAAUCAGUAAGAAUUUAGAUGUGUUGGAGCCUCAAGUUUUGAAAGAAAUAGACAUUUCUGUAGAUGAUAUCAAAAGUGCACAAACUCACCUCGACAAUGCUAAAAACCUUGACAAUAAACUUCAGCUUGAAAAAACACGUUUAGCGGGUGCCAUACAAGCCUGUGAAGCUGCUUCCGCUUGUGUCUCUAGACCAAGUAGUCCCCUCGAAGCAGCUCCUCCGUCCACACCUGAAAAAGAAUUACUUUUAAGAGCCCGAUUGGAAGAUUUAAUCGAUCAUUUGGCAUCACGAUUAGUAAACCUUGAACAGAUUAUUGGAGAUUUAGAAAAAUGGAAAAAAGAAAGAGAUGCUCUCUAUAAAUGGAUAACUGAACAAAGUGUAGUUGUCAACGACUGGAAAAGUAAACCUGCCAAACUUCGAUUAGAAAGUUCUAAGCAAGAUUUAAAUACUUUGAAUAAUCUUUCUUCUCAAAUAGAAGCUAAGAGAAACAAAGCUUUGACGGAAUUGCCAUCUUUAAAAGACAACGAACCGGAUAUGGAAAAAUUACUGAGUGAUUUGCAAAAAGAAUUAAUGGUUGUAAUUUCUGAAAAGGAAAGUGCUCAGAAAGUUACCGAAGGUUAUCGAAAAAAAUUAGCAGACGCUCACAAGUGGUUAGAUUCAAUUAUUAAAAAAUUAGAAGAUGUUGAAAAAGGCAGUGGACCGCAAUUAGAUUGUUAUCAAAAACUUGGUAAUGUUCAGGAAUUGACUAACAACAUUAAUACAAAAGGAAAUGAAAUGUUGGAAAAUGUUAAAAAAUUAGCAGAUCAAGUCGCCAAAUUGGUAAACAAUUUAGAUUCUCAACAAGUUGAAGAACAAAUAAAAUCUCUUGAGCGCAGACAUAGUGACGUAUUGAAGCGAAUUCAAAGAAAAACUCAAUCGUUAGAAGCUACCAAACAAGGAAUGGAAGGUAUAAAACAAGAGGUUCAACAAAUAAGAGAUUGGAUAAAGUUAAAGGCAGAUGAUUUGAAAACUCCCAGCGUUCUCGGAUAUCAGUCCAAACCAAUUAAGGAUAAAAUUCAAAAUUUAAAAACAUUAAUGAAAGAAGUUGAUGGUAAGCAAGUUGUGAUAGACUUGUUGAAACAAAGAUUAAAUAAUUUAUCAAACGAUCUUGAGCCUAAAGAAAUUGCUCAAUUAGAAUCUGAUUUAAAAUCAUUAACAUCGGAGCAGAGCAAUCUUGUCGCAAGUCUCAAGGGAGAAUUGGAUAAAUUAGAUAAUGCCAAAAAUGCCAGAGAAAAAUUUGAAAAUAAUACAGAUAUUAUUAAUGACUGGUCUAAAAGUAAAUCCGAACAAGUUAAUAAAUUGGGCUCUUACGUACCGCUAAAAUCAUCAGAUAUUCAACAGCAAGUUGUGGAAUGCAAAGAAUUAAUAGGAGACAUAAAGAAAUUUGGAGAAACUGUUUUAGCCGAUCAAGAAAAACUUGGAAACAGCUUCAAUAAAGAUUGUUCGGAUGAGCAAAAGAAAAAAUUGCAAAAUGUUUUGAGCAACACUAAGAAAAAUUACAAUAACAUUCUUAAAAAAUGUGAUGAAAAACUUGGAAAAUACAAUGAAUUAAUUGCCAAUAGAAAUCAGUUUGAAGACAAGCUUGGAAAGUGUGAAAAAUGGCUCGAAGAAGCACAAAUAGCUACGGCAAAUCCAAUAAGAUCACCGAAAAUGGCAGUUGUUGAAGAACAACUUAACACCUAUAACAAGUUAAAUACCGAAGCUAAAGAUGUCGGAGAUCAAAUCGUGGAAGUAUGCAAAGAUGCCGAUUUAAUAAUGUCAAAAUUGAACGACGCAGAUAAAUUAAUACUUCAAACUCAACUAAAUACCGUGAAAGACAAACAUGCGAGAUUGCUCGGAAUAAUUAAGGAUCGUAUUAACUCGUCAAAUGACAUUUUGGAAAAACAUAGGGAUGCCGCAAGAAAAAUUAAAGAAAUUAUGGAAUUUAUGGAAAAAAUUCAAAAUGCUAUCAAGGAAUUAAAUAGGCCAGUUGGUGCAAAAGUCGAAGAAGUGCAAGCCAUGCUUAAUUCCUACGAUAAAAUUUUAAACGAUUUAAAAGAUCAUAAACGAGAAUUGGAUAACUUGAAAGGAAAAGACGUUGCCGGCCUUGAUAAUGCCCUUACGCAGCAUGAUGGACUCGUAAAAACUGUCGAAGAUCAAAUUGCCAGAUUGAGACAACUCUUACUUUUGCGUGAACAGUUUGGAGCUCUCAUACAACAAAUCAACACUUUUAUUACAAAAUACACAGACAUUGUCAAAGAUGUUGAAAAAGGAGAUGACUCCGUUCAAGAUAAAAUAAAAAAAUACGAUGACAUUAUACACAAGAUUCAAGAAUGUGAUGCUUUGUUAGCCCUUGCUACGGAUAAAGGUCAGCAAAUAGCUGCCGAUGGUUCGACAAAUGACAGAAACAGCAUCACGGAUAUGUUGGGAUCUUUGAAACAACAAUUACAACAACUCAAAAGAUCUGCAGAACGACAAAGAGAAAUUCACGAAAAGUCAUUGGCUGCUUUUGGUAAACUUGCUCAGGAAUUAGACGACGUUUUAGAUUCCUUAAACAACUUGGAAAGCGAUGUUAAAGGAAGGCCAUUGUUAAAAAGAGAACCUGAAAGUGUCGAUGAAGAGGUUGAAAAACAUAAGAAAUUGGCAGCUACCGUACAAGAUUGUCUUAAUAGAAUCGAAAAAGUUCAAAAUAGCAUCAAAGUGAAUGAGGGAUUGCCGGGUGCACUUUUGGAAAAGAUUUCCGAAGGAAACGGCUUUUUGACUACGCUCCCUCCAGAACUUGAUGAUAGACUCAAAUACUUAAAUAAUAAUAAACAGUUAAGAAUUGAUUAUCAAGGAUUGAAAGACAAGUUUUACGAUUGGACCAAAAACGCUGAGAAAAAAAUUCAAAAGGGCAGUUCUGGAGUUGAUUUUGAUUCCGUUCAAAAAGAUUUGGACAAUCAUAAAGAUUUCUUCAGUUGUGAACCUGAAAUAUUAGACCUCGUUUCACAAAUACAGAGUUCUGGAGAUAAUCUUUGGCCAUCGCUCAGUCAAAAUGAACAGGAAGAGUUGGGACGAGAACUUCAAGAUGUCAAUCAACAUUUGAGAAACAUACUCAACGUUGCCAAAUCUAAACGAGUCCAAUUGGAAUCUGAUUGCGAACUUUGGAAAGAAUAUUUACAAAAUCGUGAUAAAAUUUUAUCAAUUUUAUCUCGAUUGAAAUUCGCGGACGAAGACAUAAAUAAUUUAGCCGGGUUGCAUAAAAAUGUUCAGAAAAUAACUCACGCGCUGAACGACAUUAACAAUCAAUCUUCCGAAUUGGAAUUGCACAAUGAAAAAUCAAAUGAAAUAAUUAAAAGAGCCGACAACAAGUCUAAAGAUAAAUUUAAAAAAGAAAUGAAAGAUUUAAAUGAUGAGUGGAAAAAUACGAUUAACGAUUUGGAAAAACGUAGGGAUACGUUAAAUAACCUUGCUCAAAAUUGGGAGCGUCUCGAAACACAAAUUCAGAAUUUCGAAAGCUUUUUAACGAAAGCUAAUGAAAAAGUGAAGUUGCUGGAUGUUGCGGUUCGUUCUAAAUCUCAAGAAGACGAAGUCAGAAACACUUUAACCGAAAUAAAGACGUCGUUAGAUACUCAUAAUGAUGACAUUAAAGAAAUUGAUUCUUCUUUCAAGCCAAUUAAAACGUUUUUCGAAAGUAAAAAUCCAGUUUUAAUAAAAGACAAUGAGAAUUUAAUUAAAACUCUAAAGGAAAAACAUAAAAAGUUGCAAGAAGAUGUCAAUAACAAAUUGACAAAAUUAAAUGCGGAAAAAGAAAAGGUUGAAAAAAUAAAAAAUCAAAUUCAAAAUUACGUAAAAAAAUUAAAGGAAUUGGAAAAAUCGGUGAGAGACUUGUACGUUUAUGGCGAAGACCAAAAGAAAGCCGAAAAAUCUGUGAAUAAGUUAAAAGACGACAUAAAGAAAGUUGUCGACGAUUCAAAACAAUUUUGCAACAAUACCAAAGAAGAAUAUAUAAAAACUCAACAGUUUAUACCUUCGGACAUUGCUCAAGAGAUAACGGCUCUGGAAUUGUAUAGUGAAUCAGUUAAUGCAGCAGUAGAUGAAAAAUGCCGGGAACAACUCAGAGCUAAAAAUAUGAGAUCGGAUUUUGCCAAUUGCGUCGACGAAGUUAAGAAAUGGAUAAGAAAAUGCGAAACGGUGGCAAAAGACAAAUCUUCAACUCCUCAUGCUCACAAAGAAAAAAUUCAAGAAAUUCAAGCCGACGUAUUAAGCGUGACCGAUCGUCUUCAAACGGCUAAAAAAAUUGGUCAAACGAUAACCGAAUUAACAAAAGACAAAACAGAAGGGGAUGUCGUGCAAAAAACAUUGGAAACGCUUGAAUCAGAGCUUAAUCAAAUGAAAACAUUGUUGAAUCAAUUAAGACAAGAAAUCGGAGACUCUCUCGAUGCUUGGGAACGUUUCAUGACUCUACACAAGCUAGUCAUGGAAUGGAUAAUCGAGAAGAGAGAAUUUCUGCAAAAACCAAUACACCUUGAAAACUUGCCAGAACUUAAACAAAAACUUGACGAUUAUUCGCUCGGAGUUAAAUCUUGCAAAACGAUGGGUAAAAACUUGAGCGAAAUGAGUAAAGAAUUAGAAUUAAUAAGAGCAUCUUACGAUGUUGCCGAUUUACCAGAUAAAUUAACAAAAGCUGAAGAAAGCAAAGCUGAAAUCGAAGGAGAAAUGAUGAAAAGGAAUGCUCUACUCUCUGAAACUAACGAAGAAUGGGAACAGUGCGAGAAAAAAAUGCGAGAGGUUAGAUCAUGGUUGGAAAAAUCUCGUUCGUCGCUGGAAUCGCCAACAUUUAAGAAACGUCCAAUCAGAGAUCAGUUAGCGGCAAGGGAAAAAAUGUUGGCGGAUGUAACCAUUCAAAAGAAUAAAAUUGCAGUUUCCGUUGAGAAAUUGCAGGUACACUUCCGGUCAGGUAUCGGCGGAGAUAAAACCGUCGUUGGAGCUGCCAAAGACAUAAUAAAAGAAUUGGAUCAAAUUUUAGACGCCGUGAAAGAGCAAGUCGCUAAUUUGGAAAAAUGUAUUUCACAAUUGGAUAAAUAUCAACAGGAAAUACAUUCUUUGAGACAAGAAAUUGUUUCAACGGAGCAAAAACUUAGAACUGUUUUGGAUCCAUCAUUUUUAGCACAACAUCCGGAAAAAGCGCGACUGGAAGAACAGGGGAAAAUAUUUUAUUUAAAAAAAAGGCAAAAAAAAAUAGAAUUAAAUGAAAAUGAAAAUGAAAAUUUUAUCUGGCACACGUGUUUUAUGCAUCAUUAA